ACGCGCUUCGGUAGAUUUCCUGAUCAGUAUGGUUUGGUAUUUCCGCCUUUACACCGCCACAACCCCCUUUAGGUUUCAGUUUUAGAGGAGCUCCGCUUGUUACGCGCUGCAAUGGUGAAGAAACGUCACUGAAGUUGGUCGUUGUACUGUGGCCCUGUCGACCGUUAGUACCGAGGAGCCCGCUGCCUAGCAGCGUGUCCGUUGGCCUGGUGGUGGUGUUUUGUGAGAAGUUACCAGUUCUACCAGUGGACAGGUGUAAAUGAAACCCACCGUGUGUGUAAAAUAAGGGACGUAUCGUGAGCUAACGUUACGUGUCUGUUGGCUUCAGUCAACUGCGUAGAUGUUAGAUUGGUCGCGCGGAGCGACAGAGGCAGCUCGCUCUGGGACAGCCUACCGCCGCGAGCCCCCGGCUCUCCGGGUCACGGCAGUGGUCACCAGCUGCUCUACAGUCGACUAGCAUUAGCUACUCGCUCAUCCGACGGAGGCUCUUCUGGUGAUUCACAGUAGCCGCACAGCUCUCAUUUACUGGCCUGGUAUUUACAUGAACCCCAGGGUUGUCUGCUUCUAAUGCGCCUGCGAACAUCUGGCUUACAGGAGAAUCAGGAAAGGGAACAGUAGUUCAUGGAAGACAAGAAAAAGAAGAAAGAAGAUAAAAAGAAAAGGGAAACCUCUCAGAAGGUGCCAGAACAGAAAAUCAAAGUGCCAGAAUCAGCCAAGCCCUCCUGCUCCCAGCCGCACGCCACCCCAGGCUCAGUGUCCCCCAGCCCUGGCCCUGUUGCUCCCUCAUCCCCCAGUCCUGGUGCAGCCGGGGUUUCUGCACAAGUUCCUCCUGGUGGCGGGAACAAUGCAAAGCAGCGGACUGCUGUGGCCAACGGACAGCCCUCCUCCUCCCCCUCUGGAAGCCAGACCUCCCAGCAGCAGCGAUACAUGUCCAGAGAGGUUCCACCAAGAUUUCGCUGCCAGCAGGACCAUAAAGUGCUACUGAAGAGGGGCCAGCCACCGCUGUCCUCCAUGCUGCUGGGGGGAGGAGGAGGGGAAGGGGGUGCAGGGGGGGUUGGAGGUGGCAGUGGCUGGGUAGCCGCCGCACCUCUUUCCUCACAGGGAGCGGAUAGUCCCAAUGCAAACACACCUGGAGGCACAGAUUCCAACCUGGGUUCAUCCUCUGCUUCACCCCCCAACUCCUCUUCAUCCUCAUUAUGUGUCGCUGCUCUGUCGUCUUCUUCUACUACUACUUCAACUUAUGCAAAUUCCACAUGGGGGGCAGGCUCUGGCAGCUCGUCCUCCUCUCAGGGCUGCGGGAAGGUGAUUGUGGAUGGGACUGACCUGGGGGAUUGGCCUAGCAUCCUAGGCGGGGCCAAAUUGAGUUCUGACGUGGCUGGAGGAGGAGUGCAGGAGCAAGACUGCCCUGGUAACAACAACAACAGUAGUGCCUCAUGGAGUGAGAGAAACAUCCAGCAGAAGGGAGGAGCGGUAGGAGGAGGAGGAGCAGGGAACAUGGACAAUCCUUCCUCGCCUCGUUCUUCUCCUAUUUCCUCCUCUUCCUCGCUUAAUGAAUGUGUUCAGUCCAGUGGUGGUGUGUGGGGCUCUUCCACCUCCUCUCAGGUGGAGGCAGGGCUAGGAUCAGCAGCAUUUUACAAUUCCAAAGUCUCCCAUCUUCUUCCUGGGCCGCAGGAGAGCCCUGUGGGUGGCAGCAGUAGUGUCCCUGGUGCCAAUUUCAACCCCAACGUGAACCCCUCCGCCUGGCCUGCCCUGGUGCAGGGUGGGACAUCAACUUCGGCUAGCGACAGCCUUCCACUACAUUCGUCCGUUACUUCAGCUUCUUCGUUCUCUGCCAGCACCACCCUCAUCACCACUCACUCUGUUUCAUCUGUGAAUCAAACUGGUCUCCAUCAGCAGCACACUGAUACAGCUGUGGCAGCCAGAAGUGGAGAACAGCAGCAGCACUUAGGAAACCUUGGAGCGGAGUUGGGUUCAGGCGGGGGAGCACGAGGAGCAGGACCAAAUCCAGAAGGUGGCGACGAGAGGGACUGUGGGGUUGCUAGUGUCGAAGGAGAAGGAAGUGGUAAUCUUUCUGGCUCUUCCUCUUCCUCCUCUGCCGCAUCUUCUUCUUGGAGAUCCAUGCCUCCAGUGUCCUCUGACAUAAGUGCAGGUGCCUCACAGGGAGAUGGAUGGGGUGGAGGAGGGACUGUAGCUCAGGGGCAGGAAGGGAAUGUGUGGGGCUUUGGUAGCCAGGGUGACAAGGCAGGGUGGGGCAGGGGAAAUGAUGGUGGCUCAAAUACCCCAGUGGUAUCUCAGGGAGCGUGGGAAGGAGGCGGUUCAGAAGCAGAGUGGGGUGGCACAGGUGUAAGUUCGAGUAACUUAGCAAUAGGAGGUGGAAGAGGAGGAGACGGGAGCAGCAACAGCAGCAGCAGUGGAGGCAGCGUAGGUAUCGGUGGCAGCGUUUUGCAGGACUCUGCCUCUCCAAAGUUUGCAACUAUGACAAAAGCUUGGGACAAUCAGAAAGGGAUGGAAAGUGGGGACAGUGCAGUUGGGGAGUGGGGUGGGCAGGGUGGAGGCACUGGAGGUGGAGUACCCUCAUCCUCUAGCGGAGGAGGGUCCACAGCUGGAAGUGGUGGAGGAGGCAGUGAUAGCGGACAAAAGCAGGAGGGAGCCUCGUCUGCACCCCCCAAUUCCCAGCAGACCUCCAAUGCUGAAGUGGCCUUACUCAGCAUGCUCAAUCGAUCUGACCUGGACCCCAGGGUUCUGUCUAACACAGGCUGGGGUCAGACCCAGAUUCGUCAGAAUGUGGCCUGGGACCUGGACAGCGCAAGAGGAGCAGGAAACAGAAACGAACGAAGCACUUCAUCUUCUUCUGCAUUCUCAUCAGCAACCAUGAACACUACCACUACUCGCGGUCCUGGGUACCCAUCUAACACCAGUUCAAUAACUAAUGAUCUAUCUGCGGCCAGCCUGAACUCUGCCCCUGCUACAGUGAGAGAUGGCUGGGACGGUGGUCCUACACAGUCCACCUGUGGUCCUCACAUGCCUGGUAGCACUAUAAGGAAGCCAGGGACACCAGAAGAAGAUAUGGAGAGCAGCCAAGGGAAGUCCGCUGGAGGCUGGGGUGAUCCGCCACCUGAAAAACAGGGCAAAGGAUGGGGGACUGAAGAACAACCAUGGGGGGAACGGAGAGGCAGAGGAGGGAACUGGAGAGAAUUUGGAGAACAGGGUAGUGGCUGGACAGAUGGUCCAGAGGAUAAGCCAGCCAGGACAGGAGGUUGGAAGGGGACUGGAAGAGGGGAGACAGGUGGCUGGGGAGGAGACUGGGGACAGAGGGACUCUGCACCUGGUGGAGGGAAUAACGAUGGGCGAAGCAGAGGUGGAAACAACUCUGAUGAGGGAUCUUCCUGGGGUAAUUUGGAAGAAGGAGGAACUCAGCGAGGAGGAUGGGGAGGAGGAGAUGUGGGUGGAGGCAAAUCCCACCAGGACUGGGGGAGUGCCAAGCCCCACGCAGCAGCAGCAGCAGCAGCAGCAGCAGCAGCAGCACAGAUACCAAACAGCCAAGUGGCACCAAUGAAAGCCCCAAAUCAACAGCAGCACCAAUCACAGGGCCAGCAGCCACAAGGAGGUCCCAUGCAAGGAGGGUGGAACAGCCGGUCCAAUGUUGGAGGUGGAGGUGGAGGUCCACCAUCCAAGAAUCAGAACCAAAGUUCGGGCUGGACCUCCGGCCCGAUCCCCCAAAUUUCCGGAGGUGGGGGUGACUCCCUGGAGCCCAGUGGCUGGGAGGAACCCUCCCCUCAGUCCAUCAGUCGCAAAUUGGAAAUCGAUGAUGGCACUUCAGCCUGGGGAGACCCAACCCGCUACAACAGCAAGAAUGUGAAUUUGUGGGACAAAAAGUGUGCUACGCCUGAUCAAAGCCACGGUCCACAGGCCCCACCACCACCACCACCACCCAUGCAGCAGCAACCACCUAGAAGGCAGCAGGGGUUGCAGCACAGCAGGGACACAAACCCUGGCAAUGCUGCAGUUGGUCCAGGUAUGUGGGGAGGAGGCCCUCAAUCUGUGGAUAAUGGUACAUCUGCUUGGGGCCAGACCUCAGAAGCAGCAACAGGUUGGGGUGAUCCAGAUGAACCUGGCAAAGCUUCUGGCUGGGGAAACCCUUCACCCAACCCUGGUAAACCUGCAGGCACCAAGUCAAUGGAAAGCUGGGGCGGGAAGGGAGAGGGCUCUGUGGCAGCCUCCCGUCACCCCAGCUGGGACGAGGAAGAUGAUGGUGGUGGAGGGGUCUGGAACAGCACUGGCUCCCAGGGAAGCAGCUCUUCUUUCAACUCGGGAGGCUGGGGUCAGACUCACGGAGGAAAGAGAGGAAACCUCAAGUUUUUGACUGAGAGUAAUGUUUCAAUUUCCUUCCUAAAGAGUGGAGGAGGGGACAGCUGGAUGAACCCAGUGUCACGCCAGUUUUCAAGCAUGAGUCUUAUGGGUGAUGACCCAAGUGUUGACAAAAAGAUGGAAGGAGACAAGAGAGGAAUAACUGACUAUAAUGGAGAGAUGCGGAGGGGAGGAAGAGGCGGAGGAGGUUACCGCAUGCCUAGUUCCAAAGACAUGGGUCCUGUUGACAUGGGACCCUAUGGGGAAAAGAUGGGUGGCCAUGGAGUGUAUGUUGGCAGUGGCGGAGGGAUGCCUCCGCCUCGAGGGAUGCACCAGCCUGGCAUGCAUCCGAUGAACCCCUCCCAGGGGUUACGUGCACAAGUGCCUCAUCAGUUCCUGUCUGCUCAGGUGCCGGGUCCUAUGCUGAAGCAGAUGCCCUCUCCUGGUGGCAGUGUGGGUGGAGUGGUAGGAGGAGUAGGAGGAGUAGGAGUAGGAGGAGUAGGUGGUGUCGGAAGUGUUGGAAGUGUCGGAGGAGUCGGAGGAGUCGGUGGUGGUGUUGGUGGAGGAGUGUUCCCUCCUCAGAUUUCCCCACAGCAGCUAGCAAUGCUUAGCAACAUUUACCCCCACAUGCAGCAGUUCCAUCUGGCUUGCCAGCUCCUGCUACAACAACAGCAGCAGCAGCAACAGCAGCAGCAGCAGCAGCAACUUCUGCAGAACCAGAGGAAGUUCCCUCAGCCUCAGGCUCUCAGGCAGCAGCCAGACCCACAGCAGCUGGCAAGGAUUAUGGCUAUUCUGCAGCAACAGAGACAUCAUCAGCAGGGUGGAGUUGGAGGAGCAGCAGCAGGAGGAGGGAGCUCUAAACUUUCCCCCUCUCACCUGGGAGGAGGCCUAUCCAAACAGCCCAUGGUUGACCCCCUUCCACAUCCUGGAAUGGGGGGGCCUUUAUCAGACCUUCAUGCCAAAACGCAAGGGAUGUACUCUGGGCUUGCCCCUGGUGGUAACCUGUCGGGACUGGAGCUCGGUCCCAUGAUGGGAGGGAUGAAGGACACAGGAGGACAGCAAUCCCGCUUCAAAUGGAUGAUGGAGGGACACUCCCCAGCUCCAUCUCCCCCUGACACAACCCUUCACAAGAAUGGCCCCUUACCCAGUGCUAUAAAGGUGAGAGGAGGAUCCCCAUACUCCCAGUAUGAAAUGCUGGGUGGUGAUGGUUUGGGGAUUCCCCCUCAAGGCUCUGCAGACAACUGGCAUCGGACCCCCGGGAGUAAAAUGGGGAACAAACCUGCCACAUCCAGCUGGCCUCCAGAGUUCCAGCCCGGUGUGCCCUGGAAGGGAAUCCAGAGUAGUGGAGACCCAGAGUCUGACCCCUACAUGACCCCUGGUAGUGUUCUUGGCUCCCCAGGACCCCCGAGCCUCAACGACUCUGACCACCAGUUACUGCGAGACAACAUAGGGCCAAACCCAACCCACAACACCUCGCUGCCUUCACCUGGUGCCUGGCCCUACAGUGCCUCAGACAGUCCCCUCAGCAAUGCACACAGCACAGGAAAGUACUCGGAGUACAAGACAAGCUGGCCCCCAGAGCCCAUCGGACAAAACAAGUUGUGGAAGACCAAUCGCAACAGCUCACAGCUGCCACGCCCCCCUCCUGGUUUAACCAAUCAAAAGCAGGCCUCGCCUUCCCCAUGGGGUAGCGGAGGCCCACGGUUGGCCCGGAGCUGGGGAGGGGGCGGGAUGAAUCAAGAGUCAAGAUUUGGGCCAGGCUCAGCUUGGAGCGAUGGUGUUGCCUCCAGAGGCAGCUGCUGGUUGCUACUGAGCAACCUGACCCCUCAGAUUGACGGCUCCACGCUGAGGACUAUCUGCAUGCAGCAUGGCCCCCUGCUGACCUUCCACCUCGGCCUGACCCAGGGCAGCGCUCUGAUUCGCUACAGCAGCCGGCAGGAAGCAGCCAAGGCCCAGGGUGCACUGCACAUGUGUGUUCUGGGCAACACCACAAUCCUGGCGGAGUUCGUGAGUGAGGAAGAAGUUGCUCGCUAUUUUGCACAUUCCCAGGCCGGAGGGGCAGAGGGGGCCAGCUCAGGAGGGGCUGCGGCCGGUGGGUCGCAGGGCUCAUCUGGAACAGGCACAGCUGUGGCCAGCAGUGGAGGUAGCUCCCCGGGGAAUGAGCGGGCAGCAGCGGGUACAACUUCAGGUGGAAAUGGAAAUGGUGGUGGUGGAGGGGAAAGUGGAGUGGCGGUUCAAGGUACUGUGAGGUCCUCUGGCUCUGCCUGGCAGAGUCUUGAUGGUACAGGCAGUUCUUCAGAAUCCUCUUCAGCCCAAGGACCCGGGCUGGGGAUAUUUUCCCAAUGGAGCACCAACGGGGCAGGUGAGGGAGGAGGCGUCAGCGGGGUUGAGUCUGGGAGGUCUGGGCUCUGGGGGGGCAUGACUGCUGGAUACCCCAGCAGCAGCCUGUGGGGGGCACCGCAAAUGGAGGAAAGGCACCAAAUGGACAGCCCUGCCGCAUUGUUGCCUGGCGACCUGCUGGGGGGAGGAGCUGAUUCUAUCUGAUGAGCCCCCACUAUUUGUACGUGUAGGUUUGGACACACUGAUACAACAUACACUGGGAUACAUAUGUACUUACUAUAGCACACACACACACCAACAAACACAUUUACAUGGUAUGCAUAUUAAUGUAAUACACAUACACACAUGCAUACAUAGACAUGGUAUGCAUAUUAAUGUGCACACACAAGCAGAAAUGUGAGACAUGCUUACACACAUUCUCGUGGCCAGACUUAAGCUAUUAUAUAAACAAAUGCAGGGACUGUUAGAUGUGUAUACAGCCUUUUUCCACAGAUGAAGAUUUCAACUGCUUAGACUUGAAACCUGAAAAAGAAUGAAAAGUCAGUUGGUCUGAAAGACUUGACUGGAUUGCAAUGUGCUUAGUAAAUAGGGGACUUUUCAACAGAUUUACAUUCACAUGCACACACCAAAUACAGACGAGCCUUCAGACAGAUGGGCACUGUAAACAGCAUUACCUUCAUCGUAUAAGAGAACUUAAAACUACUACAUGAUGUGAGGUUAAAGUGCAGUUUGUAUUCACGUCCCCUUAAAAGCGGAGACCGAAUCCAAACACAUGCAAACAGCUCUGAUUGAAAACAGAACUGUAUCUUACUGUGUAUGUUAAGUUAGGUUUUUUUCUGUUUGUAUGUAUGGUUUUAAUUUUUGAACAGUGAAAAUAUUGAAAAAUGUCAUUGUUCUGUUUUCAAAAUGCUGACCUCCUACUGUUGUAUCUCACGCACUCUUUCUCUGUUAUUCUCUCUUGAACAUGUUUGUUACUGUUGCAGUGAUAAAUGUUAAAUUGCUGGCAGUUUGAGGCUAUGUUGCAUUUCUCCAUGUGUCAAUACUGUGCACAGUAUCAUACACAUUAUAUGGACAUGAGUAUGAGUGAGACUGAGACCAAGUAAAGUGGAUUAAACCACCACAGUUGUUGUGCGUGUGUGUGAAUGUGAGGAUAAUGUGUGUGUGCAUGUUACUGCCUGUCAUAAGUGGGCAAGGCUGCUUACUAUACAGAAGGUCUAUACAAAAAUGUUUUGAGUGCAUUCGGUAUACUGCUGACUGUGUGUUAAGAAAUAUUGGCACUAAUGCUUUUUUUUCUCUCAUUUGAAGUUGUUUGGGUUUUUUUUAGCAGACUUGUCUUUUUUAUUGUCCGACCUGCAAUAAUAAAAAAGAACAUUUUAAUGACACAAAGAGCUGAAGGCAUAUGCGUUGAGAAAAUGGACAUGCCAAAUCUUAUCAAACUGUGUGGAGUGGGAGGGAGGGGUGGGACGGGUUGUUUACAGAUGCAGACUAAGAGUUACCGUACGUUUUUAAUGUUCUGUUGUUGUGUAUUCGUUUUAAAUUAAGACAGGCUUUAACACUCCUGUUCAGUGUUUUCGUUAUGAGAUUUUACAAAGGAAAAAUUUAUUUAAACAAAUGAGAACAAGAUUAAUAAAGAUGAAAGUAUUGGCUUCUAAA